GAGUGUGUAAACAGCAGCACAAGAGCGACAAUCGAGUCCGUGUAACACUGCACGCUCCACGCUCCGCAGUCAGUCGAAUUUCGUAGUCGGAUCGACAAAGAUCAUUUCUCAAGCACGUCCAUAGCGCGGGUUCGGUACAAUCUCGUCUUGACGUUGAUUUUUUCACGUUCGAAUAUUGUUUAUAAGUGAAUUCGUGCGUUUGUGCUUUCGGUGAAAGAUGAGUUUGCCUUCACUUUGGAAGGACGAUCGCUGUUGGAGUGCCCGGUGAUCGCGACAUCGAUUUCGACGAACAGCAAAUUUUUUAAUCGGUUCUUCCGUUCGUUACGGAUUUUAAAAAAUCAUAAUAUCGAUAGAUACAUUCGAAUGAAAAUAUCUGAGUGCGGUAAACAGCCCCGAGUUGAACGAUUUUCAUUGGUUCUUCGAUAAAAACAAAGACUUCCGUUUUACACUUCUCUCGGCACACACCAAUCACCCCGGAGAAUCCAGUACACUAGGCGACGAGCAAUAAAAAUCUUCGUACGAUGCGCGAUUGUGGUGUGACAAACAACUUGUUUUCGCGAAUCAUACGUAAAAGUUUGUAGCCACAGUUCCAUAAUGUUGACUCCUCGGCUUGCUUGAGCGCAGUUUUCGUAUAUCUACAUUUCCUCCGUGAUUUUCAAAAGCGCGAAGAUUUUUUACAGCCGUUCGCCGCGUUCUCGGACGAUUCUCAAUCGUCAGGACUUUUCCCAUUUUCUAACCAUCACACUUUCAAUAAUACUCAAUUAUCCAAAUACUCUGACGUAAUCGCCGAAGACUAAAACCCUCGUGAACAUAUAAAUCCUGUAUAUGGUGAAAAAGUAAGGUUAAUUGUUGACAAACAUGACCGCAAGACGCCCAACACGAGCACCGGAUUUUCGAACGUCAAGAAUUUGGCCCCGUCGAUCAUGGCUUUUCCCCCUGGUAUGCGCACUGUUGGACAUGGCAACAGGGACAAGAGCGACCGAGUGUUGUCCCGGAGGCGCAAUUUGGCUAGGAAGUGCGAAAAACUGUUCGGACGGGACUGAAAUACGUUUGACUUGCGUCAAUGGUUUCUACAGAGUCGAUCCAUCGGUGAAUCACUUCGACGAGUUCACCGUCGUUGCCGGACCCGGCGGUCCGCAGCUUGAGUUUCAGCACGAUUACGAACCGAUUCUUGCCAACAGGUUCUGCGUAUCCGGUGAAAAGGAGGAUGAACGUUGGGCCUUGGUUUGUUUCGACAACGACGAAUACGGGAUUUCAAGAUGGCGAUACGGGGUCUUCGGCAUGCUGAGCAUCAUAUCAGCCCUCUUCCUUGUCCUCACACUCGUCGUGUACAUCGUGCUACCAGAACUGAGAGACAUCCAGGACAAAUCAAUGGCCAGUAGCGUCGCGUUCCUUGCGUCGAGUUAUCUCUUGUUGGGAAUCGAACAAAUGAGGCCUCACGACGUCGAAAUCAACGAGGACAUCUUGUGCCUUCCGCUUGCCUUCCUUCUAUAUUGGAGUUUUCUUUCCGCAUUCUUCUGGAUGAAUCUCGUCGCUUUCAAUGUCUGGAGAACCGUCUGGUUCAAAUCCUUUCCUAUCAAGGACGCUGACCUCUUCUUGAUAUUCUGCGGUAUCGGGCUAGUUGGCCCAGGGAUUUUGCUGCUGGCUGCCCUCGCUACUCACCACACGCCUGGUUACCAUCUGAAGCCCCAUUUUGGCGAAACUUCCUGCUGGUUCGAAGGAACGACGGAGACCUGGGCGUUUUUCUACGGACCGAUAUCUUCUCUGUUGAUACUGAACCUCAUUUAUUUGGGGUUGACAUGCUGGAGGCUGUGGUACGAUUACCGGAGCUACAACGGCAGCGGCUUGAGAGCCUUGCGGUUCAAUUGUUUGCUUUACGUAAAGCUGAUUCUCGUAAUGGGAAUAACCUGGAUAUUCGAGGUCAUAUCUUUCGCCAGUUCACUCAACGGAGACAGCGUCUAUUGGCUCGCGACGGACGUUCUCAACGACAUCCAGGGCGUCAUAAUAUUCAUUUUGCUGGUACCAAUGCGGAGGAGAGUGAAAAAGCUCUUGGCCAGGAGGAGACCCUUCGGCAUAAGGUUCCCCAAGUCCUGGGCUGCUUACGACGAGGACGACGAGGUUAAUUACGCCCUUCCUGUCGAGGUCGAACUUUCCAAUCCUUGAAAGCUCUCUCCUGUCAUUUCAAUGUUUCCAUCAUCACCUCGUGUCUGCUUAAGAGUGCGGAUCAGUCGGCCAAGUCCACGUGCAAUUUUCGAAACCGAAAUUCUUUGACACAGUUUUACCGAUCAAAAAAGGCUCGCACGCAGGCCAAGAAUGGGCUGAGAUGUUUACUCGAUCGCAGGCGCGAACCCUGUGGAAAUAUUUCACUUUCAAUUUGCGGCGAACUCUCCCGCACUCGCGGUUCCGAUACACCGACUGAUCGAUCCCCCCCCCCCCCAAUAACCGUUUUUCGCCCAUCUACGAAUACUUCGCGUGCAUUGUUUUUCAAGCUCCGAGCGACACGUUGACACAACGAAAAUUAUAUCGCGACGCGUUACCGUUAUAGAAUUAUGAAAAAGUAAUUUCCUUGUUGAAAAUGAAGCAUUCCGAUGACGUAUUAUUCAACUUAUUUCGGAAGGCAAACAUUGAGCAAUCUCUGCUUCUUCGCACACGUACAAAUAAACGCGCGAAUUGUAAUGAGAAUACGUAACAAACUCUAUUGACAUUAACUGGAUAAACACAGAAGUGAAAUGCUGUCGAAGUUGGCACAAUAAAUUUGCUCAGUCGUCGCGUCACAAGUACGCAUACAGGGUGGCCCCGACGCAACUUUGUCCAGCUGAAAUACUACUCCACGCGCACCAGCGAUAUCUCCAUUCAACACGAUUGUUCCUCCACCCUGUAGAAUAAAAAUUACGGCUCAUUGAUGCCCCAUACGUGCCAUAAAUAAUACAUAAGUCGAGAGAAAAAAGCAAAUGUGAAAUACCGCGUCUCCGGUGCGUGAGCGAGCGUGGGGCACGGUGUAUCGUAUGUGUGUGGAUAAGAAUCUCGAGCCGGCGAGUUGUCAUAAGUGGUUAACAACUGAAGGAUCUUUACUCAGUCAUUCAACUGAAUAAAAAAUGUCUCGUUCGAGCUUCUUUCGAGAAAUUUAAAUGGCAGAAUAAAUCAGCUUCCAUCGCUCUUGUCUUCCA